AUGAGGCUCGACGCCACAGACCUCCGCUACAUCUCGCACGAGGAGUUCCGUAUCCUCCAGGCGGCCGAUAUCGGCUCGCGUAACCACGAGGUAGUUCCAACGCCGCUCCUUGCGGAGCUCUCGGGGCUUCGUGGCGGCAAUGUCGCCAAGCUGUGUGGUCAGCUCGCGCGGCGCAAUCUCCUCGCUCGCGUCGCCAACACCCGCUACGACGGCUACCGCUUGACGUACGGAGGAUUGGACUACCUCGCCCUCAAGACGUUCAACAAGCGCAAGCCACCCAGUGUCGCGGGUGUGGGCUGCAAGAUUGGCGUGGGCAAGGAGAGUGACAUCUAUCUCGUCCAGGACGGGGAGGGCGAGAAGCGUGUGCUCAAGCUGCACCGUCUUGGACGUAUCUCGUUCCGCGCGAUCAAGAGCAAACGCGACUACCUCGGGAAGCGCGCGUCCGCCUCGUGGAUGUACAUGUCGCGCCUGAGUGCUCAGAAGGAGUUUGCAUUCAUGAAGGUGCUGUACGACCACGGUUUCCCCGUACCCACGCCCAUCGACCAGGCGCGCCACUGUGUGGUCAUGUCACUCAUCGACUCGCAGCCUCUCCGCGCAGUCAUGAGUGUACCCGACCCGGCCAAGUUGUAUGGCGAGCUCAUGGAGAUGAUUAUGCGGUUUGCGCGCGCGUCGCUCAUCCACGGCGACUUUAACGAGUUUAACAUUCUCAUCAAGCGCAAGACGUACGAGCCUAUUGUUAUCGACUUUCCCCAGAUGGUGUCGACGCGCCACGAGAAUGCCGAAUACUUCUUCAACCGCGACGUCAACUGCAUCAGGCGGUUCUUCCGCAAGCGUUUCCGCUUCGAGGGCACGACCUGGCCGGUGUGGGCGGAUGUUGUUGCCGAGUGGGACGAGUUCGAGAAGAGCCAGAAGGAGGCGGUGACCGAGGCUGCGGCCGAGGUUGCGGUCGAGGGAGGGGUGGAGGAGCAGGAGGGAGUCGCGGCUGAGGGGAAGAAGGUGGACGAGGUCGCGACGGAGCCGCCAGUAGCCUCUGCUGUCAAGUUUGAGACAGCAACCACGGAGGACGAGCCCGACAGCGAUGAUGAAGCCGACGAGCCGCAGUUCCUCCGCCUUGAUCUCGAGGUCGAAGCCAGCGGCUUCGGACAGGAGAUGCAGCGUCAGCUCGAGGACUACAUGAUUGAGGUGCAGGACGUGCCCAACGAGGACCUGUCGGGUGGGGAGGAAGAGUCGGAUGAUGACAGCGAGGAGGAAGAAGACGAAGACGAGGAGGAGGCACCCGCAACGGAGGACACGGCGGAGGACGCGGCAGCAAAACUGGAAAAGAUGCGCAUCCACCGCGCGCUCGGCAACGACGGCGACCCGGACGACGAGCCACCAGCGCCAGUCUCGCUCUACUCCGAGGAGGAGGAGGAGAGCGACAGUGGGGACUCGGACGGCUCGGUUGGCCCGGCUCCAUCCGACUAUACGCAGUAUGUGCGGGCACCCCGCGCGCCGCGCCAGAGAGUGAAUGUCUCGCAGGUGUCCAAGCUUGGCCAGGUGGACGAGCUACGCGAGACCGUCGCGGGUGAGAUGACGCGCGCUGCGCGCUCCCAAGGUCCGCGGACUAAGGGAUCGAGCAAGGUCGGCCGCGCCAAGGGCCACAAGUGGAAGUCGAACGCGUCAUACCAAAUCGGCAAGGACACGGGGUGGUAG